CAAAAAAUAUGCCCAUCCAAAUUCGAUUCAAAGAUAUAGAACAACCAAGACCAUAUGGACACAUUCUCCAACGUAAUCUUUCUAUUCUGCAUAGUGGUAUCAAUUGUCUUCGCGUCUGCUGAUGCUGCUUAUGGAGUUGCUAAGCUGCCGGAGAUCCCUCACAAGAUGAAAGAAAAGGAAAUUCCUAAACCCAUUGCAGUUCAAGGCCUUAUAUACUGUAAAUCACGCUCUAAAUUCCUUCCACUUAAAGGAGCCACGGCAAGAAUAACUUGUUUGGCACUAAACCAAAAGGGACUUGAAUUAGCACCAUUCUCCGUCUCAAGUUGCCCAGCUGAUGAUAAGGGUUACUUUUUAGCCAAACUGUCCCCUCCAUCGUCGAAGUUCUUAAAGAAUGCUCAGUGGGAGCUCAAGGAGUGCAAGGCCUUCCUGGAGAGCUCGCCUUUGAAGGACUGCAAGGUUCCUUUGGAUAUUAAUGGAGGGGUUAAGGGUGCUCAUAUUAUUUCUUCUUAUCGUCUCCUUAAAAAUUCAAAUCUCUAUUCACUCAAACCCUUUUUCUACACCGGUGAUAAACCUCAGACAGUCUCCGAUAACAAGAAAUAUUAACAAGAGAAUAUGGAUUUACUCUUGCAAUAUUUACAUUCUUUUCCCUCUAAUUUUCAAAUGUACUUUAUUCUUGUUAUCUUAUAUUUCUCUUCCUUUUGCUGUGCUUGAAGAUAAUUGUCUUUUUUGUCUCAAAUCUCAAUUCAAGUGCAAAUUCUUAUUGUUCAC